GUGUGUGUGUGUGCGUGCGUGCGGGUUCUACACGUUCCUCUCCAGAAGAACCCUCUCAUUGGAGGAGUCUGAGUCUUGCGCAAUGGGACAGUGUUUACACCCGGGCCUCGGACUGCUUUUAUUACACAGUAUAGGCUAGUGUGUGUGUGUGUGUGUGUGUGUGUGUGCGCGCGCGCUGGGAGUUUGAACAGGGUGUUGGUGGUGUUUUUUUGCCCCUCUCACCUCCUCUCCCCUCUCUGCACAGUUUUGGAGUGUGUGUUGGAGUGUGUGUUGGAGUGUGAGGGCCAAGAUGGCCGCGGAUCCCAUGCAGGGUCACAUGGUGUCAGAUCGGCUGGGCCUGGGUCAUCACCUGGACCUGUCCGACACCAUGGUGCAGCAGAAGCUGGACGAGAUCCGCGAGCAGAUCAAGCGCGAGAUCCGAAAAGAGCUGAAGAUCAAAGAGGGAGCGGAGAACCUGCGGCGCGUCACCACCGACAAGAAGAGGCUGGCGUACGUGGACACCAUGCUGAAGAAGAGCAACAAGAAGGUGGAGGAGCUUCACCAGGAGCUGCAGGAACUCAACGCUCACAUCGUGGUCAAGGAUCCAGAAGAGCUGCUGUUAGAAUGCCCUCUGACCCCCGACACGCCGAACAGCGAGAGCCGACUGGCGGCGCUGAAGAAGCAGAUCCACAUCGAGCUGAAAGUGAAACAGGGAGCGGAGAACAUGAUCCAGAUGUACUCUAACGGCUCGUCUAAGGACCGGAAGCUCCUGGCCGCUGCACAGCAGAUGCUUCAGGACAGUAAGAUGAAGAUCGAGUUCAUCAGGAUGCAGAUUCUUAAAGCCAACCAGAGUCACGAGCUCAGCUUCGACACACACGACCUCAUCGAGAAGCCUAUAAUCAGCCCUCUGGACCUGCGGGUGGAGGAACUCUGUCAUCACGCUCGCAUCGAGCACGCCGUCGCCGAGGGGGCCAAGAACGUCAUGAAGCUGCUCGGCUCAGGCAAACUGGCUGAGAAGAAGACUCACUCAGAGGCUCAGGCUCGCUUUAACGAGUCCAGUCAGAAGUUGGACCUGUUGAAGCUCUCGUUAGAGCAGCGUCUGAGCGAGCUCCCGCCGCAGCACCCCAAGAGCAGCGUGAUCAUGGAGGAGCUGGUGUUCAUGAGCUCGGCCGCUCUGAGCCCGAGACACAGCCUCGUGUCCACACACACGCAGUCGCCCUACGGCACGCUGGCCAAACCCGCCGCUCUCACCGGAACGUUAGAUGUUCGGCUGAUGGGUUGUCAGGAUCUUCUGGAGAACGUUCCAGGCCGCUCGAAGGCCGUGACGGCGUCUCUGCCCAGCUGGAGCCCGAGUGACACGCGCUCGUCCUUCAUGAGCCGCCACAGUCGCAGCCGCAGCCUCUCCAAAACCGACGAGCUGUCCAAUGAGAUCAGCGCCGUGUUGAAGCUUGAUAACACAGUAGUGGGACAGACGAGCUGGAAACCCGUCAGUAAUCAGUCGUGGGAUCAGAAGUUCACACUCGAGCUCGAUCGGUCGCGUGAGCUGGAGAUCUCGGUGUACUGGCGAGACUGGCGUUCCCUCUGCGCGGUGAAAUUCCUCAGGCUGGAGGACUUCCUGGAUAACCAGCGUCACGGGAUGUGUCUGUACCUGGAGCCGCAGGGGACGCUGUUCGCCGAGGUGACCUUCUUUAACCCCGUGAUCGAGAGGAGAACCAAACUGAGACGGCAGAAGAAGAUCUUCUCUAAGCAGCAAGGGAAGACAUUCGUCAGGGCUCCACAGAUGAACAUGAACAUGGCCACAUGGGGGCGACUGCGCAAAGCGAUUCCCUCCAUCAGCAACUCACUCAGUCCUCAGAGCAGCGUGGAGCACGGGACGGAACACAUACGCAGGGUUCAUCCACACACACACACCCCUACAAGGGACACGGCGGUGACUAAGCUGGACUUCGAUAAGGACGCGGCGUGCGGCUCCAAGCGGCGCUCUGUGGCGCGAGGACGAGGCGCUGUAGAGCAGGAAAAGCUGCAGGCGGAGCAGGAGCAGGAGGCACUGAGAUCCUUCGACUUCCUGAACAGCAGGAACAGCGUGGUGGGAACGUUGGAGCGUAAACACACCCACGGGGAGGAGCUGGGUGUGGGAAUGCCGCGGCUCGAGCUGCUCGCGGAACGGAAGCGUAGAGAGAUCAGGGAUGAGGAAGACGAGGAUGAAGAGGAGGAGCAGUUCCACUUCAGUCUCAGAAACUUUAAAUGUAUCGCAGUGUUGGGACGCGGACACUUCGGAAAGGUUUUAUUAGCUGAGUACAGCAUCACAGGAGAAAUGUUCGCCAUCAAGGCUCUAAAGAAAGGCGACAUUGUGGCACGUGAUGAAGUCGACAGCCUGAUGUGUGAGAAGAGGAUCUUUGAGACGGUGAACAGUGUUCGGCACCCGUUCCUCGUCAACCUGUUUGCCUGCUUCCAGACCAAAGAGCACGUGUGCUUUGUGAUGGAGUACGCCGCAGGGGGAGACCUCAUGAUGCACAUCCACGCUGAUGUCUUCUCAGAACCGCGCGCCAUGUUUUAUGCGGCGUGCGUCGUCCUGGGCUUGCAGUUUUUACACGAGCACAAGAUUGUGUACAGAGAUCUAAAGCUGGAUAACUUACUGCUGGACAUCGAGGGCUACGUGAAGAUCGCAGACUUCGGGCUCUGUAAAGAAGGAAUGGGAUUCCAGGAUCGGACGAGUACUUUCUGCGGUACACCGGAGUUUCUGGCCCCCGAGGUGCUCACGGAGACGUCGUACACCCGCGCUGUAGACUGGUGGGGACUUGGCGUACUUAUCUUCGAGAUGCUGGUUGGCGAGUCUCCGUUUCCCGGUGAUGACGAAGAGGAGGUGUUCGACAGCAUCGUGAACGACGAGGUGCGCUACCCGAGGUUCCUCUCCACCGAGGCCAUCUCCAUCAUGAGGAGGUUGCUGAGGAGGAAUCCUGAGCGGCGUCUGGGGGGAGGAGAGCGCGACGCGGAGGAGGUCAAGAAGCAUCUGUUCUUCCGGAACAUCGACUGGAGCGGACUGCUGGCGAAGAAAGUGAAGCCGCCGUUCGCGCCGAUGAUCCACGGAGCGAGCGAUGUCAGCAAUUUCGACGUCGAGUUCACGUCGGAGGCACCAAUCUUAACCCCGCCCCGAGAGCCACGCCCACUCAGCCGGGACGAGCAGGAGAUGUUCGCUGACUUCGACUACAUCGCCGACUGGUGUUAGCGACCUUCGCGCACCCACGCUAGCUCACCCGGACUUCGUUAACCACUGUGAACACGGCUUCCACUUCCUGUUCCGCUCCCGCACCCGGGACGCUUUUACUCCGGCAAAACCCGCAGGCUUUAACCAAACGAAGAAGGACAAGGGAUUAAGCCCCGCCCACCUACACCGCCUCUUCCUGAAUGGAAAAAAACACUCAGAGUUUAAUGUUUCCACGGUAACAAUGUUGAAUAUCGUGAUAAACAUGCCACUGCUUUACACAAGCAUAUUUACCACUACAGGCUCCGCCUCCUUGUUCUUAACACACACAAUUUUCUUAUUACAACAUAAAAACAUGCUGCAUAGCGCUACUCAUGUCCUGAUUUCGCUAAAAGUCAACAGCGUAGGUAACGUCUCAGCUUUCUUAAUUUCAUCAAAAUUUGUUUAUUUGAGUCAAUUUUACAAUAGUUUAUGUAAUUUUCGCAAAACUGUCUCGUAGUUAAAAUUACACAGUUAAUUCAAAGCUAACGUUGCAAGGUGUAACAGUUAGCCUAACAUUUACUGCAAAUUUUCAACAAAUUCUCUAAUAUUUAGCCAAAUCUUUGCUGGCUUUGUAUUACAUUUUUCAUUUCGUACAACAAUAAUGCCUGUGCGCUAACAUUAAUUAGCUAACUUUUGACUUUUUUUUUUUAAGAAUUGGUUAGCAAGUUUGUUUUUGUUUGCCUCAUGCUAAACCAGUUUGUUUAAAUGACGUACACAAUAGUUGUGUAUUAUGAUAUUAGUUAUUUACUAACACAUUGUAUAUAAACAAUUUCUUAAAAUAUCCAGAUGUCCCACAAUGCACUGCAGCACGUGGGUAUCUAAAUGUUCUGACUUGCAUAUCUGCCUAAUAUGCUAGCUAAAAAAAUGUGCCUAGCUAGUCCAUGGCUAAACUGAAACAUUAAACAUAGUUGCGCAUUAGCUUGCUAAUGUUAGCCUGUUGCUAGAUUUAGCAAGCACUGGCUAGCUUAGCAAAUGUUGUUAGCUAAUUUAUUGUGGAAUAAAAAGUAGUAUUUUAUGCUAGUGGGCGUAAACUUGACUUAAAUUGACGUAACCGUCCUGUUGUUGACGCGGAAACCACAGACACUUAGCGAAAUCAGGACGUAGAUGCCAAGUACAGAGAUUACGCUCAUAGACUCUCGGCGUGAAGCGGCGAGUUUGUCCCAGCGGCUAAUAAAGAAGGACUAGCCGAGGAUGUUGCAUGUUUGAACAGUUGUUGGCUAAUGUAACAUUUUAGGCAAAUAUGUAAAACAUUACUUUUUGGAUGAUGAUGAUUAUUAUUAUUAUUAUAAUACUGUGAAUGUACACCAAGUGAGUGAGAACGAUCAUGUACUGGGAGGGGGGAGGGGGGAGGGG